GUAGAACCUUUCUUGCCCUUAACGCGGGUGGCGGCGUCCGGCUGUGACAGCUACUUCCCGCUCGACGGAGGAUUGGAUUGGCUGGAUCCGCGCAGACUCGCCGUCCGAUUGGAGCGCGUCAAGUUCCGGAAGGCGAGGCGGUGAAGCUUCCACAUGCUCGGGCUCGGAAAUUGCCAUGGCGGCGGUACCUCUGCGGGAUCGGCUGAGCUUCUUGAGCCGGCUACCCAUUCUAAUCAAAGGUACCUCAGAUGAUGAAGUCCCAUGCCCGGGGUACCUGUUUGAAGAGAUGGCCAAGAUCUCACAUGACUCAGCAGGAAGCAGUCACUGUCUCCUUGAGUACCUCCUCAAUCGCCUUCAGAGCAACUCGUGUAAUGUCAAGUUGAAGGUGCUCAAGAUCCUGCUCCACAUGUGCAGCCAUGGCUCUUCAUAUUUCCUUCUGCAGCUGAAGCGGAAUGCUUCCUUCAUCCAGGAGGCCACAGUGUUUGCAGGGCCUCCUGAUCCUCUCCACGGCAACAGCUUGUAUCAGAAGGUGCGGGUGACUGCACAGGACCUGGCAAGCGCUUUGUUUUCAGAUGUGUUGCUACCCCAGCCUGUUGCUAUUCCACCUAAAGAGCUGCCUUCAACAGGAAUGGGUUCCAGGCCCAGCCCCCAUGGCUCACUCCAAGGCUUUGGUUUUGAAAGAAGUGGCUCCGCAUCCACUGGCAAAGUUCUGCUGGCCACCAUCCAGAAGGCAGCGGAGGUGGUUGCCAAUGCCAUGCUCCCUGGUCAGGAACUCCCUUGUCCCCAUGGUAGGGAGCUGAAGGAUGAUGCCUACGAGCCAGUGACAGCACCUUUUCCAGGCAAAAGCUCCGUCUUGCCUACAAAGCCACCUUCUGUCAUUGUCCAUAAGAAGCGAGCGACCCAUCAGCCAGGGCAAGCAGGAGGUGGCUGGGAGGAGCUGGACAGUGGGCAAAGCUCCCAGAAUUCCUUGCAGGAGAACAGUGAGCUGAGUAGGACAUCGGAUUCCUACAGUAAGUUGGGCAGCGACAACCACUCAGGUGCUCUGGAGCCAGGGAGCAUUGCUGAAAGGACUGAUGCUGAGAACCUUGGGGACUGCCUGCAGGAAGUGAGCCUCGUCAGCAAACUCACCAGAGGCUCCAAGGUGUUCCUGACACGCGAGGAGACCCAGCAUUUUAUCAAGGAGUGUGGGCUGCUGAACUGCGAAGUGGUCUUGGCUAUCCUCAACCGAACCCUGAAGGAUCCCAGCGAGUGUGUUUGCAUGAGAGCCAUGUGUGCCAUCUAUUCCCUCAUGUGCUCCGACUUGCUCUCCCAUGAUCAGAUAUUGGCCAUUACUCAGCAGCACCUGCAAGAGCUCAGUCAAGAGAGCCCUGGGCCUGUAGCCAACAAAGCAACAAAGAUCUUGCGUCAAUUUGAAGCACUCAGCAGGAGCCAUCCGACUUCCAAGACCUCUUCUCCGGUUCCCGGCCACUGUGUCCCUGCCAGGACCACAUCCAAGCGUCCUGAUGACUUACUGGCGGAUACAAUGCCAUUUGCAGAAGAGGCUAUCCUCAAACCCCUGAGUCUCGCGCCACAGCCCUCCCAAGCACCUGAAGUCCUCACCAGCGCUGUGCAUCCAUCAGAAGGGCAGGUGCUGGAACCUGGGUCCUCUGGCCAACUUGGAAUUAGCCAACCACCUGAGCUUGGCCAGCAAGGGCCAGAAUGCAGACUCCCAAACCCUGAACCCCAAGAGGACAGGCCUCCAAGAGGUGAUCCAGAUGGCACAGUUUCCUUGUUUGCCGGCAUGGAGCUGGUCGCACCCUCAAGCAUGAUAUUAGCAGAUGCUCUGGAGCAGGAAUGUAUACCUCCAGCUCCCUGGACAGCACCUUGCACUGGGAGCACCAGAGCCACUGAGGAUAACCAGGGACCAUCUGCUUUUUCCUUCCUCAAUGCAUAGCAGUUCCCUUUGGGCUAUGGGACAGCUUGAGAUAGCACCAAAUGGAUGCGUUUUUCUAGCUCUCUCUGAACUGUUACACACCUGCCUAUAGCCAGAGGAUGCUAUUCUCUUAUGCUGUUGUUCUUCAUUCCCGAAAGAGGGGAAGAGGCAACAUCCAUAGCUACACCUCUUAUUUCUGCUGGGUCAUUGCAAGCAUGAAGGAAGACAUGAAUGUUCAACACUGCCUUUUUAAUUUCAUUGUUUUCAGUGUUUCUUAUUGAACAACAAAAGCACAAUCCAACAUCCACAAUAUAGUCUGUUUUCAUAUACUUGGUUGCUGCAAAAGUGACAAAAAUACCCCCCUUUACUCUUCCCUUUUCAAUUUAAAAUCCGUUUCCACUUUUAUGUUGUUGUUUUUCUACGUCCUCUGCUUGUUACUUUGUGAUUCUGACUAUAAGAAAUGAGGCAGCCUUAAAGAACACUGGCAAACACUAAGGCGCUUCUGAUUCUGUCGUGCCAAUAAUUGAAGGAGAGCUAAUGGUGAGGUCAUUUUCAUAGUCAACAACUCCUGCUAUCCUUAAACCUCAGUCCAGGCUUACUCUACAGCAGUCUCCAGUCCUACUGUGGACUGGGGGCUUUCUGUACUGCCUGGUUCUGCUGAAGCUUGAAAUUGAGCUAACCCUUAUAGCAAAAUCUACUCUUUCUCCCCACUCUUUCUUAUGGGUCCAGGCAGGCAGAUUGCAGCAGAGUUGCUGUCAGGCUCUGUACAUGAGUGGGGCUUUGAACAUACAAACCACCAGGAUAUUAAAAGUGGUACAGCUGGCAUUGCGUACCAGCACACUCCAUUCAUUAAAUCUUGUAGCACAGAGCCUCCUGCAAUGCUUCAAUCAGAACAGAGAAACUUUCUGUUGGGAUUAUUUAUUAACAAACAAGUAGAAAACAACAUAAUGCCCCAAUGUAAAUCAAUGGAGACAUCUAUUCCUAGAGUGCUGUAUUCAGUUCCUCUCUGCACCCUUUUACCUGCUUCACGGGUACUUGGUCCAGGAAAUACUAUACACUACAUCAGGCACUUCACCACAGCUGUGCCAUAACCAGAUCUGCUUCCAAGUGGUGACGGUUCUGUGGUUAGGCCAUGGGAGGGGAGUAUACUCCGCACUUUCAUAUAUUCUUUAUGAGUUCCAGGAUUGAGCUCUGUCAUUGAAAACUGAUGCCAAAACUGGUCCCUGGUACAAAUUAAGCCCUGCCUUUGGAUUUCCCACCACCAGUAUUAAUAGUAAGCAAUACUGUUGAGAUGAAUUCAUACAACAGGCGCAUGCAGCUAUUAGUAGAUACGUUUCUCAAGUCAUCAUCUACACUCAGAAUGAAAAUGUUGUUUUUUAAGGAGCCCUGGGCAAACUAUUGACAGACACUUAAAAACUGAACAGGUGGGGGGGAGAGAUAUGGUAAUAUGGUUUUAGGUGUUUUCUCCAAAGUUAAAUAGAACCUCCCCAUCUUCUCUCGUAUGCACUCCCAUCUGCUCCCAGAGCAUUGGGGGAACCACAGGACAGGUUUGGAUAGCAUGGGGUCAGGGAGAGAGAGAUGCAGUUGUAUAGUGCAAGCAGAAGUCCUUGCAUGAACAGGACAAUUUUGUUGGAUGCAACCCAUAGCAGCUGGUGACGUCACAGGCAUCUUCCAACAGGUGCCCACAACAUUAAUGCGGCCACCUUUCUCACAGGAAAAUACCUUGCGAUGAAUCUUCCUGCCAAGUUAACAAUUACUUUUCCAGCAACUCCCUUUGACAAACAGUGGCUUGCUGAUAACAGGGGUUCUAGCUGGGGUUUCACCAUCUCAGUAGGUUACUGAUGUUUGCAGUCCGCCCUGUCUACAAUUGGCUUAUAUGGAGAAUGCCAUACCUUACACUUCCCCCUUACAAAAAAAGAAAAAAGUUGAAACUCUAGAGACCAGGAUUAACCUUAGUCAGGUUCUUUAAAAUGUGCACGAAACAAAACACAUUCUCCAGAUCUGCAGUUUCCAUUAGUAACCGAGGAUCAUUUUACAGUACAAGAUUUUUUAAACAUCUCCUUCUGUGAGCUACUGGUCAAGGACAGGCUCAAUAUUUGCAGCAAAGGAGAAAUAAUCUAAAACCAGAAAAAUACUUCCGAGAUCUUUAUUAUUAUAUGGCAGGGCUUUCUGUUUCCCUUUGGUCAGUAAUUGGCCCAGUACCUUAACUAGGCAGCCUGGCUUCUGUUCUUGCCAUGUUUAGCCCCCUUGCCUAACUUUAUCUACCACUAGCUGUCUGCCUUCCCCUUUACUUUGUACUCAGUUGCCCUUUUUCAAAUAGGCAUAUAUAUAUUUAUAUCCCUUGCAAAUGGGCUGGCAUGGGCAAGAGGGCUUGCUUUACUGUUGCUUUACUAUGCACAAAAUAACUAAAAGCUCUACUAUUGCAGUCAAAAUGCUGAAUGGAUGGACCAAUGAUUUGGUCUUGCGUUCUGGCUUUUUUGUAGAACUAGAAUUGUUUUAGUGAGGUUCCUCUUUAUUGAUAAGGAGAAUCUGGUUAUUUCCAGCCAGAAACGAUAUUGCUUUAGGGAAAUGUGACCCCUUGAGCAGGUUAGGCAACUCUGAAUCCAUGUGAAAAGAAUGUAAAGGCCUCUUUGUUCUGCGGCAUUUAACUUGAUGAAGAUUCAGUUCUCAUUAACAUUGAUGGCACAGCUGCCAUUUCUUUAAAAGCAUACUACUUUCCCUCCGAGAGCACACCUGCCCUGACUUUGUGUGCUAUCAACCACUCUGAAAGGGAUUUAGGGUGUGUGUGUGUGUGUGUGUGUGUGUGUGUGUGUGUACACACAAAGUCCUUUAUAGAAAGUACACCCUCUUCUCAUCAAGCCUAAGGUUGAACUGCUUAAGUGGAAUCUGUCUGGCACUCAAGGUGCUGGCCUGUUAUUAAUUGUGCUAUGCUGUAUUUGUUCAUUUUGCUGGGCAACCAAUGUGUAACUGAUCCAUAUUAUUUCUUGGUUUAAUCAGGACCCUCAAAUCUAUUGGUCACCCUGCCUUGAGGCAAGCCAGAAACAGGCAAGCUGCAAUCUGAUCCUAUCCAUGUUUACUCAGAAGUAAAUCUCACUGCAUUUGCGUGGGCUUCCCCCCAAAUAAAUGUGUAUCAGAUGGCAGCUUUAAUAUUCCCUCCACACAACUUGAUCUAGCAUUGACUCCAAAGGUCUGGACCAUUUCAUCCCACCUGCAUCCAGUCUUUUUUCAAUGUUCCCACUAGCUGUGUAAUAUAAUCCCGCUUUGAUGCUUAUCUCCUGUUUUCCCUCUUUUGCUCUUAAUGCUCUAACUAUCCCUAUUUGUCACAGCUGUUCCUUCACUUGGUGCACAUAGGGAUGCUCACAGGAGAGGGAGGUAAUAAACGUUGCAUUGUAUCUGAGACGAACCACA